AUGAAUGAUUCUAUGGGAUCUCUAUCAACUAAUGAUUCUUAAGAGGGAUAAGAAAGAAAAAAAAAGAAAACUAAUGUAAUUAUCAAAAAGACAACACGACCAAUAAAUAUUAGUUAUAAUGAAGUUGUUCAAUUGCUUAAUCCAUAAAAUUUGUUUAUAAACAAAAAUUUAGAAGAAUAAUUCAAUGUCAUUCAAAUGUAUCAUUAAAUCUUAUUUCCAUAGAGUUAAUGAAACAUCAUAUUUUCCUUACUUUAAAUUUAUUUUUGAUGAAAAUUUAGUAUGUUCAGAAAGAAAAUGGGAUCGUUUGCCCACAAUGAUCAGAUUAACAUUAUGA